CCGCGGGAAAAAUGGCGGUCUGCACGGUAUCAACAGCCAUGAGUCAAAACAUAGCUUCAUAAACCUCAUCUUGUGGUUAUCUACCUUCGUGAAGGUCUAAAUUGGAACCGAGUGCACUGAGUCAUUGCAUUUUGCCAGUUCUGAUACCAUGAUGCAAAAUCAAACUGCCACACAAGAAUCACCAGUCCAGACUUUCCAGUGCUCCCAGUGUGUACUCAUCUUUAAAUCCAGGCCCUACCUUUUUGAUCACCUCACCAAAGUGCAUGGUUCUGAUGUGGAUUCUGCGCUGAAAUAUACUGGUUUAAAAGGCACUGGGACUCCUUAUUCAUGUCAGGACUGUAACUUUAAGCACAGUGACUGGACAUUUUUUACAGAACACAAGAAAGAAUGUCCCAAAUCAAAUCAGCUCAAGGAAGAUGGAAAAGCAAAAGGAGUUUCUCACACAAAAACAAAAUGCACUGUGAUCUCAACAAAGAAUCUAAAAAUAUACAAGAAACCAUCACAAACCAUCACCAAAUACUUUGCACCAUUAUCUGGAUCAAAUGUGAAAUUCCUGGAGGACAACCCAGCAUCUGUGGAUAACUCCAAAGGAACCUUAAUUUUGGAAGAAUCUUCUUCGAACUCCAAACCACACAGUAGUGGUGUGUUUACAGUCACAGCAAAGUCAAUUGAUAUUGAUACCAGAGGUACCUCUAAUCAGUUCUUGCUAAAUGAUCAACUUUUUAGUGCUGAUGUUACUCACCCAAAGCCUGUUGAACAGAUUGUUACUCCCAAUCCUGGCAAGAGGACCAUUAAAGAAAGUUUCACAAGUUGUCCUGCAAAACAAGCAAAGAUAGAAAAAGUAGCAAUUAAAGUCCCAGAGACUACAAUUAAAAAUUUAACAUUUGAGGUUAGUGAAGAUGAAAUGGAAGUGAAGGGUGAUCUUGUUAAUAGAGAUGCAGAAGGUUCAACAUCUCACUUUUGUAAACACUGUGACUAUAGUGAUGCAGACAUUAAGCGCAUGUGUACCCAUUAUAUGAACAACCACCCUUACAUAAGAUAUAACUGGGACUACAUUAAGGAGCCAAGUGACCACAGUGCUACCUUCCGUUGUCUGGAGUGUCCAGUUGAGUUUUUGUGUGUGACUGACCUCACCAAACACUACGCAAAAGAUCAUCCAGAGGCCCAGAAUGUCCUGACAAUGAAAACGUGUGACUUGAAAUUGGUUUUUAAGUGUUUUGUGUGUCUUUUUACCUUUGGUGCACUGAAGAUGCUAAAAAAGCAUCACGAGGAAAUGCACCCAACAUAUAAAGUGGAGAAUCCAUUGAUGUACUGCAGAUAUUCUUCUGCUAGACGAUCAGCUGAGCUCAGUAGCCCUGAAAAAUACAGUCCAAAAAGAUCAGUGGGAAUUUCUACACCUGCACCAGGCAAGGAAGACAAGAAUACAUCUUUAACUCAACAUCCCACACCCAGAGAAGCAGAUAACAUCAUGUAUCAGUGCAACAACUGCACGUUCAGCCAUAAGUCAGUUGUUGUCUUACAUGUCCACUACAAAAAAACCCACCCAGAUGAAGAAAUCACACUAGAUAAAAUCAAACAAUCAGUCUGUGUUGCAUCACCUACUUCAGGCCAGCUGAGGCCAGUGGACACUGUUGCUUUAAAAGAUAAAUGUACACCUCCAAAAGACAUCAUGCGUUUUUUCAGUGAAAGCAAAAACAAACCUGAGAGCCCACAAAAGAAGAUUUCAUCAUCUCCGGUAAAUCCUAAGCAACCACAGGUAGCUUCAAAGGCAAAUUCAGAGUUUCCCAAAUCCAAUAGGGUGGAAUGUGUAGAAGGUAAAACUAGAGUAAGAAAGUCACUGCUUGAACAUAACCAGAAAAUGUUGACUGAUACGGACCUCAUAUCAUCCAGUUCACAGAAUAUGUUUCACUGCAACAUUUGUGAUUAUUCAAAUGUCAGUGUAAAACGUGUAAUCAAUCAUUGUAACACAAAACACACUGGAUAUGCAGGACACACUGUAAAAAAUAUGGUAGACAUCUGUCAGUAUAGUGGUGAUGUACAGAGCGACAAACAUCAAAGUGAAGCUGAGGCCAAUUAUCAAAAAGAACUUUACUGUGAAGGAUCUAAUAGACCAGAGAAAUCAAUGACAAAAUCAAACCCGUAUGCAUGCGCACUAGACUUGUUUUACUGCCAGGUUUGCAACUAUGGAAAUCUUACUGUACAAGGCAUACUGAACCAUCAAAACAAAGUUCAUUCAAACCUGCAUGGCGUCCGUGAAAACGUUAUCAAGCACACAGCCUUGAUCCGAGAUGAAAUUAAAAAAUCUAAGAGUCAACCCAAGGACCCUUUUUUUUCCUCUGGUCUACCACUUCCUAUUAUCAAGGACAGUGACAAGGAUUUGUGUUUCUGUCACUUUUGCAACUAUAGACAUCAUGACACAAGUCGAGUAAGGCAACACUACUUCAAAGUGCAUCGUGGCUUUAAGAUAACAUCAAAACAAAUACGUCUGCAUAGCACAGAUGUUCUUGAAAAGGUACAGAAAACUUACCAUGGAAGAAAAGGGAAUCAAAAGAAAACAUCAAAGAAGUCUCUCAGAUCUUUUCCAUUUUCAACUUCAGUUUCAAAGACACAGAGGACACUUCAGUGCCCAAACUGUGCUUAUGCUACUCAACAUGUCUAUCUUUUACGGAGGCAUUUGUAUAAAAUCCACAAAACAAAAUACUCUGCUGGAGAUGUUUUAAAUCUGUGCUGUCAACAGGGGUCUUUACAGCCGGGGUAUCACUGUGACAUGUGUGUGUUCUCUUCUAAAGAGCCUGUACAACUCCAGGAGCACUUUGGAGAAAAACACUUCAAACUUAACCGAAGCCUAGAAUACAUUUUUCAGUUAUAUGUUGAUCCCAAAAUGUGUUCCUCUAAAAAGAAAAACCUGAAAACAAAGCAGAAUGAUGGUCAGCAUGACAGUGAUGACCCAGGCAGCAGCUUACAAUUUCAAAGAUCUGCACAGAAAGACUGCAAGAUAUAUUCGUGCAGAGCAUGUUCAUUUAGAGGUACCUCUGUGUCAAGCAUCACAUCUCACUACCGUGCCAUUCAUCCCUGGUCUGUCAAAGAAGAUGGCUCUGUCCUGGAUGUCAUCUGCAGCAAAGAGCAAACUGCAAACAUGCAGCUGGAAGACAGUGAUGAGUAUUACAAGUUUGAGACUUAUCAAGUGCCGCUUGAAUUUGAUAAUUCACCGGCUUCAUCUCAUGAGGAGACAGGAGUGUUCCAGUGCUCUCACUGUUCUGCAAGCUUUCACUCCCAGCACGGUCUGAUCGUUCACUGUGGGAUGAAACACCCACAAUCCAGUGAGGAGAUAGUAAACGAACAGCAGGUGGAGAAUAACACACGUGUGCACAUUUUUAAAUGCCUGCACUGUGCCUAUGUGAACACACGCUAUCAAGGAGUUCUCACUCACAUCCAAAUGAAACAUCCUGGCCUUGAAGCUAAGGCAGACAGUCUCUAUGUGGACAAUGUGCAUUUAAACAAUGCGAAGAUGACUGCUCCUGAUGACAUGUUGAGGUUUAGUGGCUACAGGUGUAAGAAGUGUUCACACAUCUUUUCAUCGCAGGAUAUGCUAGACAAACACAAUGAGAAAAAUCACAAAAAGAUGCCACUCAAAAUUAAACUCAAAUUAACUCCUAAACCUUUGGUUGUAAAUGACAGACCACCAUCUCACAGCACUCAAGAAUUGGUGUUGAACGCUGCUUCAGAUGUUCAGCAUAAUGAAUACAAGUGUGUCCUUUGUCCCUGCUCCUUUAUAACAGCAACACGUCUUGGAAUCCAUUAUACAAAGAAACAUGGAAAGGAGACCUUCCUUAAAUACUAUGCACCGAUGUAUGGCCAGAAGCCCAAAAAGCCAGCACUAAGCUCUCCAAACCAUUCUCAAACUCAAGAGCUAGAACACACUUCUGGGGUGUCUAGCACAGUGGAAGAAUGCGCCAAGAAAUUAAUGUACAAGUGUCUACGCUGUUCCUAUUUAAAUGCAAGUUGUCACGGAACACUCACCCACCUCCAAAUGAAGCAUCCUGGUGUUGUAGCCAAAGGUGAAAAACUUCGAAAAGUUGAAAUACUUGCAUCUGAUUUGGUUGGGUGUAAUUUAGGGAAAGGAGACAAUGAGAGAGGGUAUCAGUGUAAAAAAUGUCCACAGAUUCAUCCUUCAGUGAAGAAACUGAAACUCCACCGUGAGAGAGAACAUAAGCAUGGUGCACCAGUGACCUCUGAACAUUCUGCUGAAACUGAGCAACCAGCCUUGUCUAAAGAUCACAGCUCAGUGUUGGGGUCUGGCCUUUCGAAAAAGAAAAAAUCAGCGUUGGCCAAAUCAAGUAAUUUCAUGUACAGCUGUUCCCUGUGCACUUAUUCAACCUUGAUCCGAAAGCAGCUGGGAACCCAUUACACUCAAAGACAUGGAAAGUCUGCCUUUUUCAAUUUUUUUAUGCCAGUUUACUACCCUAUUCACAAGAAUAUAAAUCUGGUACAUGGUGUAAAGGACAACCCAGAAAAUACUCCGGAGACAACCACACCUGCAAUACAAGACGCACAGUACAAGUGCCACAUGUGUUCUUACAAAGCAGUGCGUCGAAGGUACUUGCAUAGUCACUACAGAAAAAAACACAAAUUGGAUUUACAUACUGUGUGCAAGUUGCUACAGAAGUAUGACCGAUAUAGAGGCAAAAAAAAGCUAGAAGAUGAAUCUGAGAAUGGUGCCCAAGUUGAAUGUAAGGAGUGCCCAAAAUUAUUCUUUAAAUCACCUAAGCAGCUUAUUGCCCAUUAUAGUACUUUUCACCGUUCACAGUAUAUAUUAGACUUCACAGUGUUGGCGCAAAGAUCACAGAAGAACACAGGAGUUUUCAGAUGUGACCACUGCCAGAAAAAAAUUAAUGGGAUCAGAAAUCUGCAUCUGCACUUGGAUCGCCACAGAGCACGGAAGAACAAGAAGGCAAACGCUGCAAAGAUGACAGCCGCGACAGUCACUACAGUAGUACCAGAGGCUGCGAGUGUUAAGUUAACCAUGCAAGAGAAACUUCCAACACUGGAAACUGUGGAGGAGUUUGUCCAGAGGAAUUUGAAACCCUUGGAGACCUCCACUGUGGAGUCCACUUUACCAGCAAGUCCUCCAUCAUUAUGUUUAACAGCCACUGAACUGGAACAACCAGAAGUGGAAACAAGUGAUGAUAAAAACACUUGCAAACUAUGUAAGCGGUCUUUCAUGUCACUAAAAGGAUUACGCUCGCAUGAACGCAGCCAUGCAGCUUUAGCAGCCAUCAAGAAACUGGACAACCUGUCUACCUCAGCAAAGCAUGAAAUUGAAAAUUAUCUCAUCUACAAAUCUGGAACUCAGAGGCCUUUCAUGUGUAGUAUCUGUUCAUAUCGGACAACAGUCAUGGGCCUGUGGAAAAGCCAUUUGAUCAAAAAACAUAUAGAUGCUAUUGAGGGGUCUUCCAACACUAGCAUUCAGGAUGAGGAGAACACGCAGAGUUACAACGAGGAUCCACCUGAUGUAUCUGAAGAAAUUAACUUACCUGAAAGCGAUGAAGAAACUAAAGAUGCCUUGUACUCGGAGCCCCCAGACGUGCAGCGGCAGUUGAACCACUACCACUUGAUGGCUCAGAUUGGGUCCUCAUCAAAAGCAAGCCUGCAAGAAGCCCAGCUGCCUGAAACUGCCCCUCUUAACUGUGAGUUGUGCAAUUUCAACUCAGAACAUCUGUCUAGUAUGCGACGACACUACCUACACCGCCACGGAAAGAAGAUCAUCAGAUGUAAGGACUGCAACUUUUUCACUAGCUUAAGAAAAAACUUGGAAAUGCAUAUGGAGACGGGUCACAGUACCUUCCAGUCCGGACCAACUCAUCAGAAGGACCUCCGCUGCCCGUUCUGUCUGUACCAAUCCAAGAACAAGAACAACAUGAUCGAUCAUAUCAUCUUACAUCGUGAGGAACGUGUUAUGCCAAUACAGGUGCGUCGCCCAAAGUUGUCGCGUUACCUUCAAGGCAUUGUGUUCCGCUGUCACAAGUGCACUUUCACAAGCGCCAGUGCUGAAAACCUGCGUUUGCACAUGAUGAGGCACGAUGACAUCAAACCGUUCAGGUGUCGGCUGUGCUACUUCGACUGCUCUCGACUGAAUGACUUGGAGGCGCACCUGUGUGAUAAGCAUCAGGUUGUGAGGAACCAUGAGCUUGUGGGGCAGGUCAGUCUUGACAUGCUAUCGGCACAGAUCAGCAGGCCACCAGAAGAAGAAGAAGAGGAAGAACUCCUGUGCAACUUGGAAACAGACACAGAGUUUGUUACAGCAUGUAAUGAGCUACAAAAAGGCACAGAGGAGAAAAAUAUAGUACAAAUUGAGCACUCAUAUUGUGAAAAAGAAAGUUACUCAGAAAGCUGUGUAUUAAAGCUCCAACAUGAAGAUGAUGCCAAACAAAUUACUGCAGUCAAAGAGAUGCCGGAAAGAGCAGCGAUCAGAGGGAUUACACACACUAAAAAAACGGAAGGCAUACAAAUUGCAGAAUGUGAGGAUUUAAGUGAUCCAAUGAAAGACAUGCAGAUGAACGAGGAUCAAGAUCAACCCAAAUUGAGAGGCAGUGAGGAUGACGCAGUGCAACCAAAAGAUGAGGCAGCAGACAAGAGCUCAUCGAAUCAUGGUGAACUGGAUGAAAAGAACAAGAUGCAUAUCAAGACACUUCAAGAUGGAAGCCAGAGCAUUGAGGCUAAGAUGGAAGAUGAUGUACUGCAUGACAUCUUUUUACUGGAUAACGGUGGCAGCGGAUUGAAGGUAGAGAAGAAGCCAGUUCAGAAUAAAAAGACCGAGCAGAAGAUAAAGGCUGUAGUUGAGGAUAAUGGUCUAAAUCUAGACAAGACCAGCGUCACUUUAACCCUCAAGAGUUUUAUAGUUCCUGCCUGUUCAUCAAUGCAACUUAUAAACCAUUACAUGCAACCAGACAAGGGAAGCUCAGGUGUCUCUGUUACAAACUCUGAUAAAGAACAAACGCAAAGCCAAGCUAAUGGUGAUAAACUGAUGGAUGCAUACGGGGAAAUGCCAGUACUUGAGAAUGAAUAUCUCAAGGAGGAAAUGCCACAUCUUCAUCAUUUUACAGAGAUCAGUCAUAGUGAUCGUGUUGAGGAUACAGAUGAUGACCUACUAAGUGACGAUGCAGAGAAUGGAUGCACUGAUCAGCAAAACGGAGGGGAAGAUGGAGUAAAGGAAGAAGAAAACAAAUCUGUGCCAGAAGGUGACUUCGCUGACACAAAGGCACAAGUCAAAGCCCUGUGCUCACCAUCUACUGAAGAAAAACUGUUUACAUGUGAACUUUGUGGGCGAAGCCUUGAUAACCGUUCAGAACUGGAACGCCACGUCCUGAGACAUGGAAUGUAACUGUCUUCGUCAUUUCUGUUUCCUCAUUUCUAUUCUAUUCAUGUUGUGUAUUCACUGUCACCAUUUUGGUAUGAAUUGAUGAGGCCGCACUAGUAGUUAAUUAUAUGUGGAAAGCCAGAAUUUGUUUCUAUCAUACUUUACUUUGAUUUAAUCCUGGAUUUCCACACAGCUUGUUUAGAGAGAUAUUCAUGUUUUAAUAUGUUUGUUUGUUUUUUUUUACCUUUCCUAAUGACAGUGUUGGUUUGUCUAUUCAGUAAAGAUUUUUACACUGUAUUUGACAAAUAAAACUGAACCAAUAUGAUAAUUGUGUAACAUGUUUCAUAUUCUCUUUGAGUGUGAAUUUAAAACUGUAUGUAUGACUAAAAUAACCCCCUGAAGUGCUACUAUGUGAAGAUACAGUGGAGAUGACUGGUUGCACAGUUACAUCCACAAACCGAGCCAACCUCAAACUUAGUGCUAAUGCUCAUGUUGCCUUCAGAGUCUGUUGGUUAUUUGAUAUCUUGCGUAUACUGUACAUUGCGAAUAAGAUCUGUAACAUAUUUGUGUCAUUUUAUACAUUUCAUUAAAUGUAAUAACCUUGUUUUAAAUAAAGUAGUUAUGUAGCUUAU